CAAACGUUUGUCAACUGUCAUUGAAAAUGUCGUUGUUAUUUCGAAAAUAUAAAUGUUUUUCGUAAAUAUUGGAAGUUUUAAUAAGUGAAUUUUAGCUUUUUGACUUUAUGGUUUUAAGUGUUAAUUGUUUUAUUUGAUGUUUAAUUAUAACGAUGUGUAAAAAGUGUGUUCUUAUAUUAAGUUUGUGUAUUUUAGGCGUGCUAUCGCACUUCAAAACGCAUGAGGGAUCUGCUGGCAUCAGAGUCUUUCGCAAGAUGUCCGUCCAGCGACUGUCAGCGCUUCGAGCGCUGAUGACUAGCCAGCCUCAACCGCUCGCGGCUUAUAUUAUACCUACCGCCGAUGCUCAUAACUCCGAAUACAUCGCUCCCGUAGACGCCCGACGCGAAUGGAUAUCGGGCUUCACCGGGUCAGCGGGCACAGCCGUGGUGACGACCUCGACAGCUCUCGUGUGGACCGACGGCAGAUAUUACACCCAGUUCCAGCGCGAAGCCGACCUCGUCGCGUGGACGCUCAUGAAGCAGUCGCAAACAGAAACCCCGACCCUGGAAAAAUGGUUAACCAGCAACCUGUCAGAGGGGGCUGUUGUCGGCGUCGACCCUCACACCUUCACCAGGGAUGAGUGGAAUCCAUUGCAGACGGCUCUAACGAAACACAACAUGCAACUGAUCCCCGUCUCACUGAACUUGGUCGAUGAGGUGCGCCGACAACUCGGAGACCCACCGCCGAAGCGGCCUAAUAAUGCUAUUAUACCGUUGCCUUUGGAAUAUACUGGUAAGACCGCUGGUGAGAAGAUACAAGAACUUCGUGAGAAGAUGGCCCAGAAGAAAGCUUCUGCUCUCGUCAUCACUGCUUUGGACGAAGUUGCUUAUACUCUCAACCUACGAGGCAGCGACAUCCAAUACAAUCCAGUGUUCUUUUCAUACCUAAUCAUCACUCCUACAGAAGUCAAGUUGUUGACGGCCUCAGAUCUGUCGACAGCGGUCCGUGAACAUCUAGACCGGGAACAGGUGCAGUUACAAAGAUUGCCGAUCAGCGACGUCGAGGCAGUGCUCAAGGGGAUGGCGAAAAAACUGUCUGAAGAGGGAACUGGGAAGCAUUCUAUCUGGCUUUCAAGCGAUGCUAGCGAGGCCAUACAUAGGGCUGCUGCUGGGGUGGACGUGCUCAAAACUCCAUUGAAUUUAAUUUCGGAGAUAUCUCCGGUUGCCUUGAUGAAGCUUAUCAAGAACGAAGUGGAGUUGCAAGGUUUCCGCGAAUGUCACAAGCGGGACGGCAUAGCGGUAGUUCGACUGCUGAAGUGGCUGCACGAUCAGAUCGACUGCGAUAAAACUGUCACUGAAAUACAGGCCGCUGAUAAACUGCUGGAGUUCCGCAAAGAGGAAUCAAACUUCAUGGGCCCCUCUUUCGAGACGAUCCCCGGCGCCGGGCCCAACGGGGCCAUCAUCCACUACAGCCCGUCCAGAGACGGAGUGCAGAAGGUCAUAGAGAAGAACGACAUGUUCUUACUGGACUCCGGCUCACAAUACAAAGACGGUACGACAGAUAUAACUCGAACUCGCCACAUGUCUCGGUCGCCGACUUCCGAGCAGAAGUCUGCGUUCACGCGCGUGCUCAAGGGACAGAUCAUGGUCGGCAGUGCGCUCUUCCCGCAGGGAGUUAAAGGUAACAUGCUGGACAGCUUCGCCCGUCACUCCCUCUGGGAGGUGGGGCUGGACUACGCGCACGGGACGGGGCACGGAGUAGGCCACUUCCUCAACGUGCACGAGGGACCCUCGGGGGUGUCCUGGAGACCAUACCCCCAUGACCCCGGCCUCAAGCCAGCGCAGAUACUCAGUAACGAGCCGGGCUACUACAAGGUGGGGUCUUUCGGUAUCCGUCAUGAGGAUCUAGUGGAGACCAUCAAGGUUACCAAGGAUAGUGACCAUCCUAGGGCUAGCGGUCUGCAAGGUGACUACGACGGUCGUGGAGUGUUAGGCUUCCACACGCUGACGCUCGUCCCGCAUCAGAGAGACUGCAUCGAUGUCACCAUGCUGACGGAUUUCGAGCUCACUUACUUGAACGCGUACCACAUGCGCGUUUUCGACACUCUGGGUCCGAUUCUGAAGCAACGCGGUCUCAACGAAGACUACAAGUGGUUGCAACAAGAGUGUGAUCCGAUGACCAGGGGAUAACACUUGAUCGUGAAAAUUAAAGGAGUAAUAUAUUAACCAUGGAAAACAAAGUAUACUUGUAUGUAACUUAAACUAAAAAUAUUCCAAUGUGUGCUACCUUUUUUUGUAUUGAAGUACAAUAAAUUAUAAUAUACCUAAUGUGCAA